UCGAAAUUGGCGCAGUUAGAUGACGUAAGACGCACCCGCCGUACCCUCCACUGUGUAACUACCGCCCCUGACUCUGGGAAUUGAAGUUUCUGUGGAAGGAAGCUGGAGCGGUAACCAGGCCAACCCAGGAAGGCUUUUUUUCUUAGCUUUCACUUCCCUGUAAACUCUUCAGCUCGUUGUUUUUCAGAGGUACCAAAUAAUGUCAUCUGAAAUGUUGCCAGCAUUUAUUGAAACUUCUAACGUUGACAAAAAGCAAGGCUUAAAUGAAGAUCAAGAGGAGAGCCAGAAGCCAAGAUUAGGUGAAGGGUCUGAACCAAUAUCUAAAAGGCAAAUGAAAAAACUAAUAAAACAGAAACAAUGGGAAGAACAACGGGAACUCCGGAAACAAAAGCGGAAGGAAAAACGCAAGAGGAAGAAAUUGGAGCGACAAUGUCAAGUGGAAUCACACUCAGAUGGAAAUGACAGAAAACGUGUUCGAAGAGAUGUGGUUCAUAGCACCCUUCGCCUUAUCAUUGACUGUAGUUUUGAUGACUUAAUGGUAUUAAAGGACAUUAAGAAACUUCAUAAGCAGAUUCAGCGAUGUUACGCAGAAAACCGACGGGCACUGCAUCCUGUGCAGUUUUACUUGACAAGCCAUGGAGGCCAGCUGAAAAAGAACAUGGAUGAAAAUGACAAAGGAUGGGUCAACUGGAAGGAUAUCCAUAUCAAACCAGAGCACUACAGUGAACUCAUAAAAAAAGAAGACCUGAUUUAUCUUACAUCAGAUUCACCUAAUAUACUGAAGGAAUUAGAUGAAUCAAAGGCCUAUGUGAUUGGAGGAUUAGUAGAUCACAACCAUUGCAAGGGUGUCACAUAUAAACAAGCCUCGGAUUAUGGAAUCAAUCAUGCACAGCUCCCACUUGGAAAUUUUGUGAAGAUGAAUAGUCGAAAAGUUUUGGCGGUUAAUCAUGUGUUUGAGAUUAUUCUGGAAUACCUGGAAACAAGAGACUGGCAAGAAGCAUUUUUUACUGUCUUGCCCCAGCGGAAAGGAGCUGUUCCCACAGACAAAGCCUGUGAAAGUUCUCAUGACAAGCAGUCUGUCAGGGUGGAGGAAGGUGGAUCGGACAGUGAUUCCAGUGAGGAGGAAUAUAGCAGAAAUGAACCAGAUUCACCACAUGAAGAAAAGCAGGAUAAGGAAAAUCACACUGAAUCUACAGCCAACUCUCUGCCACACUAAUAUUACCUGGUUUCCUUUUAGUUUAAGGAAAAAUUAGGAGAAGGUGAGGUACUAUAUAGAAUAUUGAAAUUGGAAGAAAAUUUUAUUUUCCCUUAUUUCUGUUGUGAAUUUUAAAACUUUUUUUUUUUUUUGGAGCUAAAUGAUAAUAAAAAAGCCCAUUAAACUUUGUAAGAAAAUAUUUUUUGAUUUUGCAUAAGAAGAUUUAAAUGUGUAUGUGGGUUUUUGUUUUUGUUUUUAAAGCCUCAAAUAGUAGUUUCUAGAUAAUUUUACUUUAUUAGUAUAUUUUCAUUUUCUUUCAUUUUAUAUUUUUUAGAAUGUGCCUUCUGACUUUUCAGUUUAAUUAUUUUGUAGUCCUGUCAACAUCUUUAUGAUCUAUUGUCUACAUCUGUGAGGACACAUAUUCAUAAAUAUACUGUCAAUCUAUCAGAAUGUUGUAUAUGGUAGAUUCCCGUCUAUUUGCAGCUUUUAUGUUUAACUUAGUUAUUUGAAAGAAAUGUAGUAAUUUUAGGAAGAAGUAGCAGCGUAGUAGACAUUAAUAAUUCAUUCCUUUUGGACUGUGGAGUGCAUAUCUGUUCCUUCUUGUGAUGCCUUUUUGUGGUUCUAAAGUAAUUACUGAAGAGUUGAGAAUCUCUUUAAUUCAUUUGUUUAGUUCUUACAAUGGUGAUAAGUUACUUCAAUUAUAAAAUUGAAUUUUGCAGACUAAAUUAUUUUAUAAUGCUGUUGCUAUUAAAAGAUCAAUUUUGCCUUUACCUGCAUUUAAAAUGAAACAGUUCUUAGCAGCUGUGUUUUUCUUUCAUAUUUUUUUUUUUAAAUAUUUGUUGGCUUUUAAGAUGAAUAAAGUUUAUAUGUACAUCUGCCUCUUCUCAUAUAAGAAUAUUCACACUAAUGUAUGCUUCUAUAAAUGACAUAUACAUGUGAAAAUAUGCAUGUAAAUAUAUUUAUAUCUGUCCUGAUCAUGUAUGGUUCUCAGUUAUUGAUAAUGUGAUUGAUUUGCCAUUUGCCAUAUAUCUGUAUUACUUGUGAAUGGUUGUGUUGAACACACUAAGAGCAAUUUGAAUUUUAUUAAGUACAAAAAUCCUUAGCUAAACAUUUGUAUGGGAAUGCUGACAAGAAAGAAUAGUGUAAAAGGGAACUGUUUUAGUUUCCUAAUGUGUAAGGUAAAGUGAUUGGUCUCUGUCACAGCUAAAGGAUUUUAGUAGCCUUCAUUGAGUUUGGGUAAAACUAGUUCCUAUUCUUUUGUCUUCUUUUUAAUAUAUAAAAGUUAUAUUUAUAUUUAUAUAUAUUUUAAAAGUGCUUAACUUAUACUAUAUAUGUUACAUACCAACAUAUAUACACACAAUAGAAAAUUUAUUGGAUUUAGUAUUGAUAUUUGCUGUCUAUUUUUGUUCCUUUGUUCUUAGUAAUUCAUUAUAGUUACCUACUUUAAGGUAAGGUUUGUAGGCAAUAUAUGUAAGUAAAGACAAGCCCUACAAUUCUAAAAUAA